CGCUGUGCCUCCGCGACGGCCGACUCCGCCGCGGGCCCGCAGCACGCACUUGGUCGCCCGCCCCCCGCAGUCGCCGGCCGGGGCGGCCCGGGCCCCCGCGCUCUCGCGAGAAGUGGGCCGUGCGGGGCGGUGGGGAGCGGAGUCCGCGCGGGCCCUCGGGGGCCGAAGAUGGGGUGGUGCGCGGCGAGGCCGCGGCUGCUGCUGCUGGCGCUCGUCCUCCUGCCCCGGCGUCCCUGCCUGGGGGCAGACUCGGAGAAGGCCCCCGGCAUCCCCACAGAUAAAUUAUUAGUCAUAACUGUAGCAACAAAGGAGACUGAUGGAUUCCAUCGAUUUAUGCAGUCAGCCAAAUACUUCAAUUAUACUGUGAAGGUCCUUGGUCAAGGAGAAGAUUGGAGAGGUGGUGAUGGCAUUAAUAGUAUUGGAGGGGGCCAAAAAGUGCGACUAAUGAAAGAAGUCAUGGAACAUUAUGCCGAUCAAGAGGAUCUGGUUGUCUUGUUUACUGAAUGCUUUGAUGUCAUAUUUGCUGGUGGUCCAGAAGAAGUUCUAAAAAAGUUUCAAAAGUCAAACCACAAAGUGGUCUUUGCAGCAGAUGGAAUUCUGUGGCCAGAUAAAAGAUUAGCAGACAAGUAUCCCAUAGUGCACAUUGGGAAACGAUACCUGAAUUCAGGAGGAUUUAUUGGUUAUGCUCCAUAUAUCAACCGUAUAGUGCAGGAGUGGAAUCUCCAGGAUAAUGAUGAUGAUCAACUAUUUUACACUAAAAUUUAUGUUAAUCCACUGAAGAGGGAAGCUAUUAACAUCACAUUGGAUCACAAAUGCAAAAUUUUCCAGACCUUAAAUGGAGCUGUAGAUGAAGUUGUUUUGAAAUUUGAAAAUGGUAAAGCCAGAGCUAAGAACGUAUUUUAUGAAACACUACCAGUGGCAAUUAAUGGAAAUGGACCCACCAAGAUUCUCCUGAAUUAUUUUGGAAACUAUGUACCUAAUGCGUGGACACAGGAUAAGGGCUGCACUCUUUGUGAAUUGGAUACAAUUGACCUGUCUGCAGUAAAUGUCCAUCCAAAUGUAACAAUAGGUGUUUUUAUUGAGCAACCAACUCCUUUCCUACCUCGAUUUCUGAACCUAUUGUUGACACUGGAUUACCCAAAAGAAGCACUUAAACUCUUUAUUCAUAACAAAGAAGUUUAUCAUGAAAAGGACAUCAAGAUAUUUUUUGAUAAAGCUAAACAUGAAAUCAGUACUAUAAAAAUAGUAGGGCCAGAAGAAAAUCUGAGUCAAGCUGAAGCCAGAAACAUGGGAAUGGAUUUUUGCCGUCAGGAUAAAAACUGUGACUAUUACUUCAGUGUGGACGCAGAUGUUGUUUUGACAAAUCCAAGGACUUUAAAAAUUUUGAUUGAACAAAACAGGAAGAUUAUUGCUCCUCUUGUAACUCGUCAUGGAAAGCUGUGGUCCAACUUCUGGGGAGCAUUGAGUCCUGAUGGGUACUACGCUCGAUCUGAAGAUUACGUGGAUAUUGUUCAAGGAAACAGAGUAGGGAUAUGGAAUGUCCCAUACAUGGCUAACGUGUACUUAAUUAAAGGAAAGACACUCCGAUCAGAGAUGAAUGAAAGGAACUAUUUUGUUCGUGACAAAUUGGAUCCUGACAUGGCGCUUUGCCGAAAUGCUAGAGAAAUGACUUUACAAAGGGAAAAAGACUCCCCUACUCCGGAAACAUUCCAAAUGCUCAGCCCCCCAAAGGGUGUGUUUAUGUACAUUUCUAAUAGACACGAAUUUGGAAGACUAUUAUCAACUGCUAAUUACAAUACUUCCCAUUAUAACAAUGACCUCUGGCAGAUUUUUGAAAAUCCUGUGGACUGGAAGGAAAAAUAUAUAAACCGUGAUUAUUCAAAGAUUUUCACUGAAAAUAUAGUUGAGCAGCCUUGUCCAGAUGUCUUUUGGUUUCCCAUAUUUUCUGAAAAAGCCUGUGACGAACUGGUGGAAGAAAUGGAACAUUAUGGCCAGUGGUCUGGGGGGAAACAUCAUGAUAGCCGUAUAUCUGGCGGUUAUGAAAAUGUCCCAACUGAUGAUAUCCACAUGAAGCAAAUUGAUCUGGAGAAUGUAUGGCUCCAUUUUAUCCGGGAGUUUAUUGCACCCGUUACACUGAAGGUCUUUGCAGGCUAUUAUACGAAGGGGUUUGCGUUAUUGAAUUUCGUGGUGAAAUAUUCCCCUGAUAGACAGCGCUCUCUCCGCCCUCAUCACGAUGCGUCUACGUUUACCAUCAACAUCGCGCUCAAUAAUGUGGGAGAAGAUUUUCAGGGAGGUGGAUGCAAAUUUCUAAGGUACAAUUGCUCUAUCGAAUCGCCGCGGAAAGGCUGGAGUUUCAUGCAUCCAGGGAGACUCACGCAUCUGCAUGAAGGGCUUCCUGUCAAAAAUGGAACAAGAUACAUCGCAGUGUCAUUUAUAGAUCCCUAAGUUAUUUACUGCUCAUUGGAUUGAAUUUUCUUUUGGAGUGGAUGACUGGCAUGAACGUGUCUUUGAAAGAUGUGCUUGAGAAGUUGAGAGGAGUAUUUAAAUAACUGCAACAGAACAGCUUCACGUUGGGCCAAACAUUUGAAAAACUUCCUACAAAAAAUUCUUUGAUAUUUCUUAAUGUCUGCUCUGAGCCUUAAAACACAGAUUGAAGAGGAGAAAGAAAAAAAAGUAAAAGCAAAUAUUUAUUUCUGUGCCUUAAUGUCUCUGAAAAUAAUGACAAUUUUCUGAAUUUGUGUUUCAGUUGAUAAAAUAUUCAGGUACAAAUGUACAAGUGAUGAAUGAGACUAAUAGUAUUUUCUUAUUAAAAGCCUGGGAAGAAUUUUAUUUAUCAACUUGUAGACAAAAUGAAUAUAAAUGAAAAUUGGCAAUUUUUGAAACAUUGGAAAACUGGGGUUCUAACUGAAUUUGUAUGCAACUAAUGGUGUAAGUACUUUUUUGACCUCCUACGCAGGUACUUUUUACAGUAGUUAUUGAAGGAAUACAAAGAUCAAUAUUACACAGUGCUUUUCCUCAAGAAACUUAGUACAAAGCAUGACUGAGGCCCAGAUCGAGUUGGAAACGUUUUUGUUUAGAUUGUGCAACAGAUAUUUUUUGCAUUUGUGUUCGAGAUCAAGCCCUCUGUUCCUUCAGAAGACUUUUCCAAGGCGGAUUAUGUUAGGGAGAUAUUAGAUUUAGGGAAGCUUUCAAGCCGUUCCGUUUGUUAAAGUACAUCAAGUAUUGACUUAAGAUCAAGUGUCCUUCAGUCAAAACAGGUUGUUUUUUUUUUUUAAUUCUAGAAAAUAAUGAGGAAAAAGAAAAUUUCAUUGAGAUUAGUAGCAGCAUUUUAUGAUUUUUUAAAAAAAUUUUUUAAGUACUUGAAUUUUAUAUCAGGAAAAUAAAGUUGAUGAGCCUUUCUUCUUCCUUUUGCCCUUUGUCUCUCUCCAUAUUCUCUUUAGGGAGAGUCUUCCCUUUUUGUCUUCCCAGCAUAAUCUCCAUUCUAUCCUUCUUACUCUUUUCAGUACCUUCCCUUUAUUCCACUUUAAAAUAUUCCCCAACACAAAAAAAUUUGUGACUUGAGUUUUCACCAUUUCUCUGAGUAAGGUUUAAAUAUCCUUAUUGUAGCUACUGUUUUUAACUUAAAGGUUAAACUUGAAAAAAAGGUCUAAGUCAUGGUGCCAAGAUUCAUUUUUCUAACACCAUGUGUUAGAAAAUUAUGAAAAAUAAAAUAAUUUAAAAUAA